GUAUGUAAUAGUACACAGCCGAAUUCCGAUUGGCCGAGAAUCAGCGUGGGAUCUCUCGUUCGCCCAUAUAGAUCGUUUUUCUCAAUCUACCUGGCAAUCGUAUCUGGACCGGUGAUGCAGAAUGAAAGCCACCUUUCUCGAAGUCUUCCUUUUUCAAUUGACCAUGCGAGUUUACUUUCUGAUCGGUGUCGUUGCUCUCGUUACUGCAUUGGACGAUGCUGAAUAUCAACAACAAAAUUAUGGUGAUCGUAUUGGACAAAACGGGGGUGGUGUGAUCGAUAAAAUAUUUAACAUUCCAAUUACGGCAGUAAAACAAACAGCAUUAGUGGCGCAAUCAUUCACACCGGAAAAUAAAGAAAUGAUCGAUAACGUUUUUCAGAUUCCAAUAUCAACGUUGGAAGCUGUUGGUGAUCUCGUUAAAACAACAACUGCACAAAGACGCGAAAACGCCGAUGUAAUUCAAAAAAGACGACAAGAUAGGCGAGACAGAUUGUCAAUUCAACGAGAGGAACAAAAAUUGAGGAGAGAACAAAUACAAAAUGAACGAUUGCAAAGAAAAACAUCGAGAUAUCCGAGACAUCAAAAAGAUCCUUGGGGAUUGAAUUCGUUGACGAAAAUUUUCAUUGACCAUCAUGGUAUUCUUAAUAAACCUAAUCAAAUAUAUUCUAUAUUUGGAAAUUAUCAAAGUUGGUUUGGUGGUGGGCAUGGUAGUAAUCAUGGUAGUAAUCAUGGUAGUAAUCAUGGUGGUCAUGGAGGAAGUCACGGAGGUUCGCAUGGAAUUAUUAAUGGUAGUGGUAAUGGACAACAUGGUUCUAACAUGUAUCAGGUACACGAACAAGUCGAUGAAGGAAAUCACCAAUCGAUUGGAACUUUCUUUGGACAAUUUUCCUUGAAUACGUCGAAAGAUAAAAUUCGUAACAAAUUAGCACCGUCGAAGGAACAAAAUUACGAUCCAAUAUCGGAUAGAAAGGACAGAUCUAGAUAUGAUCGAUACGACGAACCACCAUUGGAAAAUAAAAUUGCACCGCGUAAUUCUAGAAUUUCGUUCGUUUGAACAAAAAAAAAAAUAAUAUUUCGAUUAUAAUUUUAUUAUUUCAUUUUUUUUUUUUUUUGUAUUGUUUUGUUUUAUUUUAUUUUUAAUUUUUCAUUGAUAGAUUUCAUUUACUUCCAAAUACUCCGAUCUCUAAUCUUAAUUUUUUAUUUAUAAUGUGUUUACAUACGUUGCGUAGAAAAUAAUCAUUAGUUUUAAUUCGCGUGUGCACAUUCAAUACUUUUAUGAUUACUGAAAUAUAUUUGAAUUAUAUCGAAUUACGCGUUGGUAUCAAAAGAAAAACGUAAUUAAAAUUCUCGCCUUAAUACUUUCAAGAAAAUUAAUUAGAAAGUUCGUGUGUGUUGAACGUUUGUUAUUACGAUUACAAUUCUCGAUUUGCAAUAAUAGUGCAUCAACUAAUAUGUU